CACACAUACACACAUACACACACACACACACACACACACACACACACACACACACACACACACACACACACACACACACACACACACACACACACACACACACACACACACACACACACACGAACACGGAACAUAACGAAACAGUGCCCCUGGAAGUAGUGCUACGAGGCUCAAGAAACAAACAAUAAUGGCUCUGAGACAGGCCUGAGGAAUACACAUAUGGAUGGUCCUCCGGAGACGACUGAGACCAAGGAAGAGGAUUUAUGAGACAAAUAACAAGAAAGAAGCUAACAUAUGAAACCAAACAGAAAGACACACAUCCAUUUGGGGCUUUAGAAUCCUCGACGAUACAGUGACCCAAGAUGAGAAAUCCCUGGGAAGAAGUGCCACUUAGUCCACACAGGCAUUUGAACGCGCUGACGUCUGAAGCCCCCGGGCAAGAGAGCCUGGACUGGAAGGAUGUGUGGUACCGCCUGGACGAUGGAAGAGGCAGGAUCAACCUCUCUGACUUGGAGAACCGCGUCUCCAGGACCACCAACAACACGCAGGCCAUCGCCCAAGCCCUCAGUCUCUUGGGGAGAGCUGACGUCAAGAAGAGUGGCUUCGUCGAGUAUGCGCAGUUUAAGGACUUUUACAACACAACACUACCGGCCACCUCCUGGGAGCGGGCAGUCCUGGCGCGGGUGGCACUCGACGUUAACGACCUAACCAUCUCGUUCGACGAAGAGGCCGUGUACAGCGCCUGGGUAGAACUGGUGAACUACAUGCAUACAACGCCGUCCAACCUAGACUUCAACUGGCUAUGGCUCCUGCCUUCAGACUACGACAGGACGCGUCUUCCUCACUCCGUCUACUACAAGAGCGACCUGGUCCACCCCUGGAGGCUGCGGGAGUGGCUCUUGAGGACCAAGGCCGCCGACGACCUUCCCAACAUAACGGUGAUCAAGCUGCUGGAGAAAUGUGAGGACUCCCUGCAGGAAGCCGACGCUAACAGAGACGGCUAUAUUGAGUACAAGGAAUUCCUGAGAUUUGUGACGACCACGACGACAGCGUACCGCGGCAGCACGGUACUGCGGCGGGGUGCGCUGGGGGUACUGCCUCGUAGCGAGCGUACCUUGGCGAAGAGACGGUACCUGGAGGAGUGCUCAUGCUGUCCUCCGCCGCUCUUCAUGCUUCUCAUCACUGUGGCCGAGAUCACCACCUUCAUAUAUUACGUAAUAGACAUGCAGGAGCCUAUACAAGGCAACGAGCCUGCCCCCACCUACUCCCCGUUAGUAUUCAACCCACGGAGACGGUACGAAGCUUGGCGGUACGUCUCCUACCCUCUCAUACAUUCAGGGUGGGUGCACCUGGUGAACAACCUGGCGGUGCAGAUGGUGCUGGGGGUGCUGCUGGAGCUGGUCCACACCUGGCGGGUGGCCGUCAUCUACCUGGCAGGGGUGGUGGCCGGGUCGCUGGCCCACUCCCUCUAUACUCCGACCUUCAUACUGUGUGGGGCGUCGGGAGGCGUCUAUGCCGUCGAGUACGCCCACCUCGGCAAUCUUUUGAUGAAUUGGUCAGAGAUGGAGGUCCCUUGGAUCCAGCUGACUGUGAUUCUGGUAGUGAUGAGCCUCGACCUGGGAUACGCUGUAUGGGACACUACCACCAAUCCCAAUACCAGUACUGGCCACAUGGCGCACCUGGCAGGGGCUAUGGCCGGGCUCCUGGUGGGGGUCGUGGUCCUCAGGAACCUCCACAAGGAGAGAUGGGAGACGUACUGCUGGUGGACCUCCCUGGUGCUCUUCCUAGUCCUUGUUACCUCCGGGGUCCUUCUCAACGUCUUCCUCCCAAUCCCGGAGUUCUUUCCAGAGAACGACUGGUCGCCCAUCUCCAAGAACCGAGAGGACUGGAUGUGGCAGCAUGAGCUCUAGUCUGUUGUCGGCUCAUGUCGCGGACAUUUCCUGGAGAACAACCUCUUUUACGUGUGUUGCAAACCCGAGUUGAUUGGAUAAAGCAUCUUAAAUGGAGAUCUUCGCGAUGCAAGCCAGGGGCAGCCACGCCAUAAACUCCAGAGGGACGCGUGCAGCUGAAUUCGACGACGGCGUCCGCAAAAUUUUUGACAAUUUAUAUCGCACAAAAGGGGAAGAUUAAAUGGGGAAAAUAGUGGGCGCGAUGCUUCUCAAUUCGGUUUUUGCCACAAUAAGAGAAUUAAAUAUAGAGAAAAACGAUGAUUUUUAACGUUUGCGUGAUUAUAUAAAACAGGGAAUCUACACAGUUUAUUGAAUGAUUAUAAUAAUGGAAAUAUGGCGCACUUAUUUUUUGUUAAUUGAAGACGUAUUCUGAAAGAGGACGAUUAAUUUAUAAUUACACAAUUGUACUCUAAGAGAAAUAAAGUUUUCAAGUUUU